AUGUCGCGCGGCGGCAGCGGCGCCGGCAAGGCGGCGACCGCGAAGCGCGUGCCGCCGCCGGCCGUGCCAGGCGACGCGUUCGCCACCCCGCAGCACCGCCACUCGGGCUCCAGCUUCGGCUCGCAGGGGUACGCCUCCUGCGAGGAGCAGCCUUACCCGCAGCCGCCGGACACGCCGUCUCAUACAAGAGAUGACCACUCAGACUAUGGCAGCACUGUAUCGGGAGUGUCCGGGGCGAGCAGCAGUUUGGGCAAAAGCCCGGCUGGUGGCGGAACGUUCACAUUUCCCCCACCAUCGCAGCCGCUUACACAUAAAGCUGCCGUAUACUACCAUCAUCAAUUGGCACUGAGCGAUGAUCAAGGGAUUGACAUGACACAGAGUCCGGGUCGAGACAGCCCGGGCUCGUCGUCAGGGUCCGCGGGUUCGGGGUCGCGGCACUCGUCCGCGUCGCUGGACAGCGGACGCGCGUCGGGCCGCCUGCCGCACCACCACCACGCGCCCUGCCACUGCGGCGACGCCGACACACUGCGCGCGAUGAUCGCACAGGGCCUGCCAGACUCGGACAUAAUUCACGCGUGGCUGGCCGACAUCCAAAUGGAGGAGUAUGCGAGGCUGUUCAUAGAAGCGGGCUACGAUUUGCCCACAGUCACCAGGAUGACGCCAGAGGACCUCACAGCCGUCGGCAUUAAGAAACCGAACCACCGCAAGCGGUUAAAGGCCGAACUGGCGAACUUGAACGUACCGGACAACUUGCCGGAUUAUAUACCGGGUUCGUUGGAAGAAUGGUUGCGACUCCUGCGGCUCGAAGAGUACGGACCAGCGCUAGUUGCUCAGGGAUAUCGCACGGUACACGACGUCACGCAGUUAGCAUGGGAGGAUUUAGAAGAUAUGGGAAUAGUCCGCCUUGGCCACCAAAAGAAAAUUCUUUUAGCUAUAAAAAGAGUUAAAGACAUCAGAGCAGGAAAAAGAAGCAUUAGCAGCCAGGGAUCGCUUGACUUCACAAGAUUACAACCGGGACAGGAUUUAUAUCCGAGGGAGCUACAUUACCAGCCUUGGCAGAGGCACACGAGGAGUUACCAUAAACCCCCCGAUCUAAACUUUGACGCUCUACCAACGCCCGUUUGUGGCACAGACUUGGUUCCUAUCCAGAUACGUCACCCGCGCGGUAAAUCAUUGGAAAGUCUAGAAGAUCCGUCCGAAAGGACAUCGCAUACGACGUUUUCGCCCGAAGCGGGCUUCUAUUACGGUGGCGGCCAAUGGAGACGAUCGUACGACGACGGCGACAUAACGCCGACCAACGACACAUACGAAGGCGGAGGCACGUUGCCGCGGCCGCGGGGCCUCGUGCGUCCGCGGCCCGUCGCAAAAAUACAAGCGACGCCGGCGUACAGAGAUAAGUCCCCCGAUUACACGUACGACGAGAUCGCGUACUCGGCUCGCUUACAACGUGUUGCGUAUGGAGCGAGUCCACACGUUGCCCGCAAGCCGCCCCCCGAGCCGCCGAAGCGCCAGAGCUCGCAGUACGCGCCGUUCACCCGGUUCGGGCAGACGACGGUGGAGAUCCACCCGGAGAAGAGCCUGCCGCUGAGCCUGCCGGCCUACCCCAGCUCGGACUCGCUGAGCGUGUCGCUGGACAGCACGGGGCUGCUGCCGCCGCCGCCCGCGCCGCCCUCCCCGCCCGACGCGCCGCGCCGCUACGACGACGACAACAUGCGGACGGGCUCCGACGCCAGCUUCAAGUCAAGUUCGAGUACUGAAUCGGACAGCAUUCCUUUCGCAAACGAAAAUGCUGGCACAAUUAAACAGAAUCGGGGUCAAAUCGGCGGUCGACCACACACCAUGGACUAUGGACGAACAGCCAUCGGCCUGUCUAGUCUUCCGCCUCGAUCUGCAACUGACAUAAAACCUUCGGCCAACCAUUCACUCCCCGAGCACAAAGAGGAGGGAAAGAGUACGGAGCCAGUUGAUGUUCUCAAUGACAUUGGAAACAUGCUCGCCAAUCUAACAGAUGAAUUAGACGCCAUGUUGGAAGAAGAGAAACGUCAAGGUCUGACUGAUUCCUAA